UGCCACAGCAGCGCCAACCAACAGGCACAAAGUAGUGACCAUUGCAUAGAUACGCCGUUCACACUCGUUUGCGCUGCCAUGUCCACUGCCGGGUGCAACAUUGCGAUCAAGAAUCUUCCCCAUGAUAUGGGAAAAGAGAGCCUUCGGCCUCUCUUCAAGAAGUUUGGCAAGAUCAACCUCCUUCACGUGGCCAAUGGCACGGCCGCCAUUGAGUUCCAAAAGCCCGUGUCCGCCACCUCGUCCGUCACGUCCAUGAACAAUGCCGUGAUCGGCGGUCAACGCAUCUUUGUGUCGCUCACGUCGGACCCAGUGCCGUCUGUCAAGCGUGGCACGGUGCCGGCUGCUCCCACGUCCUCCUCUGCCGCGCCAACCAAACCCGCCAAGCCCACAAAGAAGGCAGUCGCCCCGACCCCCGCGGCGCCGACGCCAGUGCCAACGGAGGCUGCCGCCGCAGACGACGCCGAUCGCAGCUUCACCAAGUUGUGUUAUCAUUUCCGAAAAGGACGGUGCAGCAAAGGCGACACCUGCACGUACCUUCACACGUCCAAGUUGUGCCCGACGGUGGAAUAUGGCGGCGUGUGCACUCGCAUGGACAUGUGCAAAUACUCCCACGAUCCGAACAAUGCAUUGGCCAGUGGCUUGAAAUCGGCGGACGCGACCAAAUCCCAAACGCUGUGUCAACGGAUUGCUUUGGGCGGCCACUGCACCUACGGCGACCGAUGUCGGUUUAGCCACGACCCCACGACGGCGCUCAAGGGAAAGUCGAACGUGCUGUGCAAAAACUUUGCUGCGGGGUGCCGCAAAGGCGACAAGUGCUGGUUCAGCCACGACCCGACGACUGCCGUGGCCGCGCCAGCCAAGCGGCCUGCCACCGACGACGUGCAGCCAGCUCCUGUCGCCGCGCCCCCCGCCAAGAAAGCCAAGACCACCACCACAAACGAAGUACCCCAGAAGGCAGAGGUUACAGCUUUGACGUGUGGCGAAUGCACCAAGGCCGCCGCCGCCAUCACGUGCGCACAAUGCGACGAAGGGUUGUGUGCCGCCUGCGACACUGCGCUCCAUGCGUCCCGCAUCAUGUCCAAGCACGUCCGGACGGCCGUGCCAAAGGUUGAGGCGGUGGUUGCGCAGUGCGGAGAGUGCCGCGGCGCCGCCGCCACCGUCCACUGCGUCCAGUGCGACGUGGAUUACUGUGGCAAAUGCAGUUGGUCAGUGCACGAAUUCAAAGUGUUUCGUACACAUCGUCGCGAAGCAUUGCUCAAAGACCGCACGACCCCCACGGCGCCAUCCCUCGUUCCAGUGACCCAACAAGUCCAAGGGGUAGCCAAGGCAGCGGCGGCUCCAGUGACCCAACCCAAACCCACCACCACUACCGUCCACAACAUCCGCGCGUACCCCAAGACAGAGCUGUCAGACGACGACUCGAGCGAUGACGACGACAAGCAACCGCCCGCCAAAGUUCAAAAGACAUUGGCGGCGGCGCCCCCCGUGGUGGCCAAGAAGAAGGCGGCGGCUAUCGCCCCUUCCCAGCCCAAGACCGCGCUCUCUUCCGAUAGCUCGGACGAAGGAAGCGACGUUGAAGUGAACCAACCCCCCCCAGUGGUUAAAGCAGCGCCAUUAGGGGCCAAGAACGCCCCCGCCGUCGAUCUGUCAAGCGAAGAUGAAAGCGAUUUCUCCGACGAAAAGCCCAUCAUCCUGUCCGCGAAAACAAGCGCGGCGGCGCUGUCUUCGAGCGACGACUCGAGCGACGAAGAUGAAGGACAAGUACGUGUCAAGCCAGCCCCAGUCAAAGCCGUGGCCCCCCAAACAGCCGACUCCAGCGACGAGGACUCUAGUGAUGAUGAAGAAGGGGGCACACAUGUCGUGGCGACUCGAGGGACCAAAGCCGCCGCCGCCGUCCCCACGGCCGACAGCGCCCACUCACUGGUCAAGAAGAUUGAAGCGUACGCGGCAUCGACCAACGUCGACGUGUUGCACCUGAGCCCGUCCUUGAACAGCUACGAGCGACUGCUGGCCCACGACUGCGCCGAACGCCUCGGACUUUCCCAUGAAAGUGUCGGCCAAGGCUUGGACAGACACAUUACCGUCGGCCGCGGCGGCGGCGCCACGAAAAAGAAAUCGUGGAGUAAAACACGCGCGUAGUAAUACUAUUAAUAGUAGUAAGUAAUAAUACAAAUUGGAGGAUUGGAAAGUUAUGAA